AUGAACCAGUGGUUGUGGCCCAACGAAGCAGUAAAAGCGACACCAUCAAUUUUAGCAGGAUUAACUCGAGAAAAAGAAGCGUGCUAUCGUCGAGAAGGUUGUAAAAUUAUUUCUGAAGUUGGAUCUCAGUUAAAAUUCAAGGCAAAUCCGACAAUAGCGACCUCUUCGAUAUAUUUCCACCGGUUUUAUAUGUUGCAGUCGUUUCAAAAUUUUCCCAGAGAGAUUACCGCUUUGGGAUGUUUAUUUUUAGCCGGAAAGGUUGAAGAGACGCCAAAAAAAUGCAAAGAUUUGUGUAAUAACGCGGUUUCAAGGUUUCCGGAAAUUUUCAGCAAAUAUUCAAACCUUGCGGACGAUGUAAUGGCAAUUGAGCGGGUUUUACUGCACGUUCUGAAAUUCGAUCUUCAAGUUGAUCUGCCCUAUGACGCCCUAUUAGAAUACGGCAACUUGUUCCCGAGUUUAACAAAGGAACAGAUUAAAGAAGUCACACAAAUCGCGUGGACGUUUGUGAAUGAUAGUUAUUACACAACGUUAUGUGUAACCACAGAUCCUCAAAUGAUAGCCAUAGCCUUAUUACACCUUGCCUUCACUGUCAAAUCCAUCAAUCCGGUCGUCGAAGGCGCAGAUCCGUGUUGGUGGUCAGGAGACGUCGCUAAUUGGCCAACAGAAGCUGUUGAUAAAACAUGUCAUUUGGUUCUUGACUUCUACGCGGCGACGAAGGAUUCGCCGGUGCUACAGGAUGGCAAACUUCGGCCUUGA